AGGAUGACCUUUGACUCCCGCCUUCGUCUCCGACUGAAAUCAAACUAACACUGAACAAGGAGAACAGAGAGAGAACCGAGCAACUAGACACUGAAACACAGACUGCUGCAGGAGGAAAAACAAGACAAUCAAAGUCAAACUUCACUCUGAGACAAAAUGGCUUCCAGAUCAGACGAUGAUCUCUGCUGUCCGGUCUGUCUGGAAAUAUUUAAGGAUCCAGUUCUUCUGUCAUGUAGCCACAGCUUCUGUAAGGAGUGUCUGCAGAAAUAUUGGAGAGACAAACCAGGAAGAGAGUGUCCAGUUUGUAAAAGGAGAUCUUCUAAAGAUUUUCCACCUGUAAAUCUGGGACUAAAGAAUCUGUGUGAGUCUUUCUUACAGCAGAGAGAGCAGAGAGCUUCAGAGGAUCUCUGCUCUCUGCACUCUGAGAAACUCAAACUCUUCUGUCUGGACCAUCAGCAGCCAGUUUGUCUCGUCUGCAGUCAUUCAGAUUUACACAAAAACCAUAAAUUCAAACCCAUCGAUGAAGCUGCUCAGCAACACAAGAAGAACCUUCAGGAAACUCUGGAGCCUUUAAAGAAGAAGCUGGAGCUCAGGAAGAAAGUUCAGGAGGAGUUUGAUCAGACAGCAGAACACCUGAAGGUCCAGGCCCGACACACAGAGAGGCAGAUUAUGGAGCAGUUUAAGCAGCUUCAUCAGUUUCUAGCAGAGGAAGAGGAGGCCAGGCUGGCUGCACUGAGGGAGGAAGAGGAGCAGAAGAGAGGGAUGAUGAAGGAGAAGAUGGAGGCUCUGAGCAGAGAGAUAGCAGCUCUUUCAGACACAGUCAGAGCCACAGAGGAGGAGCUGAGAGCUGAAGACGUCUCAUUCCUGCACAACUACAAGGCUGCAGUGGAAAGAGUCCAGCGCUGCCCCCUGCUGGAGGAUCCACAGCUGCCCUCAGGAGCUCUGAUAGACCAGGCCAAACAUCUGGGCAACCUGGCCUUCAACAUCUGGAGCAACAUGGAGAACAUGGUGACCUACACUCCUCUGGUUCUGGACCCAAACACGGCUGGUCCAAAACUCCAUCUGUCUGAUGAUCUGACCAAUGGGAGGAGAGGAGAGAAACAGAAACUUCCUGAUAAUCCAGAGAGAUUUAAUUCAUGGCGCUUUUCUGUUCUGAGUUCUGCUGGUUUUAACUCAGGGAACCACAGCUGGGAUGUUGAUGUUGGAGACAGUAAAUACUGGUUACUUGGUUUGUUAGAAGAAUCUGUUCAGAGGAAGAGAUACAUAAAGUCUGGAUUGUUGGUUAUUCGGUUGUCUUCAGGUAAAUACUCAGCAUUUUCUCCACCAGCUCCUUACACUCGUCUCUCAGUCCAGAAGAAUCUCCAGAGGAUCAGAGUGAAUCUGGACUGGGACAGAGGAAAACUGUCCUUCUCUGAUCUGGAUACUAACACACACAUACACACCUUCACACACACCUUCACUCACAAGAUGUUUCCGUUCUUCUCCACUGAUAAAACAUUAAAGAUCGUACCGAUGAAGAUCUCAGUGAUCAAGCAGCAGCUCUGAUGAUCUCAGCAUGAAGAUCACAAAG